AAUAUUAGUUCAAAAUGGAGUCUUACAGAAGAGAAGACCAUAGAGAGUAUAGGCCAAGAAGAGACGAAGACAGAAGACAUAGAAGAUAUAGAGACGAUAGAAGAGAUGACAGAAGAGAUGAUAGAAGAGAUGACAGAUACAGAAGCAGAAGACAUAGACAUGAUAGAGAUAGAGAUAGGGAACAUAGACAUAGGAGCAGAAGAAAUAGAUCUAGGAGUGGUGGAAGAGAUGAUAGACAUAGAAGAAGAGAUAAAACAAAGCACUCUGAGGAUGAUGAAGCAGAGAUAGAAAGAUAUUACAAUAAGAUUUUGAAGAGAGUGGAAGCUGGAAUCCCAACCAAGUUUUCAGCUGGUCCAGAUCCAAGAUUUAAUACCAAGUAUCAAACUCCUCAAGAAAAGUUGGAGGAGUAUAAGAAGGAUAAUCCAGAUAUAGGAGGGACUGCCCACAAUAAGACUGAUAGGCAACUGUAUAUUGGAAAUCUUCCUCCUGAAAUUAAAAUUCCAGAGCUUUGCAAGCAUCUAAAUGAUGCUUUAUAUGCUCUUAAUUUGUGUGAAAAAGAGGACAAGCCAAUUGUCGAUGCUUGGAUAAGCGGAGAUGGCCACUAUGGUUUUGUAGAAUUCAGAACCAUCAAAGACGCACAUCUCGGCUUCAACCUCUCCCAAAUCUCCAUCCAUGGUCAUGCCUUAAAAGUCGGUAAACCGAAGAUCGCUAACUCCACAUACCACCUCAUGCAGCAACAACUCGCUCAAAACAACCACAACAUCGACGACGCCAUCAAAGUCACCCACCAGCCCAUCGGCCAGUUCAUCAACCCUCAAACCAUCAUGCAAAACAGUGCUGCCAUCAACAACCAAUUCGACAACAUCCUAAAGUCCCUUCCUGGCCCCGCCGGUCACAUUCCCCCUACCUCAAACCCCACUUCCUUCAUGAACAAAGUUCACACAGUGACCAAGCUCAAGGUGAGCAACCUGCCUCUAGAGUACUCUGAAGGCCAGAUCAGAGAAAUCCUUAAUAUCUGUGGAGCCAUAAAGGAACUUGAGCUGAUCAAUGAUGAAAACACUGGGAAAUAUAAGGGCGAGGUCUUUGUGCAGUACGAGAAGGAAGAGGACUCCAGAAAAGCAGAAGCAGCACUUAUGGGAAUGAAGAUACUGGAUGCAUACCUUCAUGUGAAGAAGGUACAGACUACUACUACCUUGCAGGAUAGUGAUAGCAAGUUGUGGAAAGAGGAGUGAGCACCCUGUACUUGAUUGGCAUUGUCCAAUUUGUUGAUACCCGAACAGGUCUCGGAUCCUAAUGAGUAUGCGGAUGUGGAAGAUGAGGUAUAUGAAGAAAUGGAGACUUAUGGAAAGGUAUUACAGGUCGUCGCUCCAAGACCCGAUGCGAAUUAUAGACCUGGCCAAACAUUAGAACCUGGUAUUGGUAGAGUCUUUGUCAGAUUCAAUAAUGAGAGAGAAGCUACUGUUGCAAAAACAGCAAUGCAAGGUAGAAGAUUUGAAGGAAGAAUUGUUGAGGCUAGAUACUAUCCAGAAGACGAAUUCUCUAAAGGUGCCUAUAAUUAUUAUGCUUAG